AUGGAUGAAUUAAGUGACAAGUUCUACUAUUUGUAUAGUUCAGAUGUACCAGCCAGGAUACAAGUUAAGAUUGGAACCCUUGAAGGCAAAAGAAUUAAACCCACCUACGAGGACUUGCUGAAAGACCCCCAUCUAAAAUUCUCUGGCGUUUGCCAAGACGGCUGUUCAGAUUUAAUGGUAGAAUGUCAAAUAUGGGACCACAACGAACCACUUUGCUUGCCUGUGGGAACCGAGUAUAAACCAUUCACAACCAGAUGGAACUGGAAUGAAUGGCUUCACAUGCCCCUAGAAUUUUGCGACUUACCAAGAACCGCCCAACUAGCCAUAACCAUCUACGACUGUGCAGGGCCAAAUAAACUUAUGCCGGUAGGUGGUACUACAGUGUCACUUUUUAGCAAACAUGGAGUAUUUAGAGAGGGUAUGCUAGAUUUAAGAGUUUGGCCUAAUGUGGUAGCAGAUGGUAGAUCUCCCACUACAACCCCUGGUAAGGGUCAUGAUGGCAAUCAUAGUUCAACUGAUCAAAUGUGGAAAUUAGCUAAAUUGGCUAAAAAACAUAGAAAUGGGCAUAUUCCAAAGGUUGAUUGGCUAGAUAGACUUACAUUCAGGGAACUAGAAGUAAUCAACGAAAAAGAGAAAAGAUCUUCUAAUUACAUGUAUUUGACGGUGGAAUUUCAAAAAGUCUUUUCCGAUGAUGUGGCGCAUCAUGUAGUCUAUUUUGAACAAAACGGCGAAGAGAUUCAUACUUUUAAAGCUAAUGCUGACUUGGUUUUCGUACCUGAUCCUGAAAUUGGAAAGGAAAAUUUGGUGGAACGCAAACAUCAUAUGCUGGCCAGAUCUUUACGCAGUGGUCAUAAUGAUAAAGAUGCCAAACCUAAUGCAGCGGUAAGAGAUAUUUUGAAUCAAAUAGUCUCAUAUCCUCCUACACAGCAGCUGUCCAACGAAGAGCAAGACUACGUUUGGAAAUAUAGGUUUUAUUUGAGCACUCAGAAGAAAGCUUUAGCCAAGUUUUUGAAGUGCGUUAACUGGAGACAUCACAAUGAAGUCCGCCAGGCGUUGCAUCUUAUCGAUAUUUGGGUUCCUAUGGAUGUUGAAGAUGCCUUGGAAUUGCUUAGUCCUAAUUUUACUCAUCCCUCAGUAAGAAGAUAUGCAAUAAGUCGAUUACAGCAAGCUCCAGAUAAUGAAAUUUUACUGUAUUUGUUGCAACUGGUUCAGGCUUUGAAAUAUGAGAAUUUUGUCACAAUCCAAGAAGGAUACGCUAGGAUUGCUUCAGGCCACGAAGUAUUCCCUUUACACGAAGACACUGGCAACUGCCUAGAAAAAAAAGACUCAAAAGACAGUAAUUGCACUAUCACAUCUGAAUCUGUAUUACAAAGAUCAUCUAGUUACAAUCAAGCCGAUCAUUUAGCUUCUUCUGUAGUCAAUAGUGUAGUGGAAAUAGAAACUGAUAAGAAUCAACAGCCAUCUCAAAGUUUGCCACCAAGUGUCCUGCAAAAUCUUUGUACUGAAUCUGGCAACACUGAUACACUCCAGAGUAAUAUGUACGACGAAGAGGAGGAUGUUAAUGAUUUAGCCUCAUUUCUGAUUUACAGAGCGUGCAAAAAUUUCACUUUGGCUAAUUAUUUUUAUUGGUAUUUGUUGUUGGAAUGUGAAGAUCAAGAAGGCACAAUCAAACAAGACGAACAAGUUAGAACUAUGUACUUAACAGUCAUGAAAACCUUUUCUCAAACAUUAGCCAAAGGUUCUGAAGUGAUGCAAAAAAAACGUGCAAUUUUAUCAAAGCAACAAAAGUUUAUUGAUAAAUUAGUGCAAUUGAUUAAAGCUGUUUCUAGAGAAAAUGCUUAUAGGGCCAAAAAAAUUCAAAAAUUGAAAGAAUUACUCUCUGAACCUGAUGCUUUCAAGUAUAAUUUUGCCAAGUUUGAUCCGGUGCCUUUUCCUUUAGAUCCUGAGAUUAAAAUCACAGGAAUUGUAGCGGAAAAAGCCCUUUUAUUCAAAUCAAACCUUAUGCCAGCCAAAUUACAUUUUCUAACUACUGAAGAUAAAGAGUAUGUUGCAAUAUUUAAAUUAGGUGACGAUUUGAGGCAAGACCAGCUUAUUUUGCAAAUGAUAACUUUAAUGGAUAAAUUAUUAAAUAAUGAAAAUUUAGAUCUCAAAUUGACACCUUAUAGGGUCCUUGCUACUAGUACAAAGCAUGGAUUUGUACAGUUCAUAGAGUCAACCACUGUGGCUGAAAUUCUUGGGACAGAAGGCAGUAUCCAGAAUUACUUUAAAAAACACCAUCCUCAAGAAAACGUUCCUUAUGGCAUACAGCCUGAUAUUAUGGAUGCUUAUGUACGUUCAUGUGCCGGAUAUUGUGUUAUCACUUAUUUGUUGGGCGUAGGUGAUCGACAUUUGGAUAAUUUGUUGCUUACUGAAGACGGCAGGUUGUUUCAUAUUGAUUUUGGCUACAUUUUGGGUCGAGAUCCCAAACCGUUACCUCCACCAAUGAAACUGAGUAAAGAAAUGGUAGAAGCAAUGGGUGGAAUCCACUCGGAACAUUAUCAAGAAUUCAGAAAGCUUUGCUACACAGCCUUUUUACAUUUAAGAAGACACGCAAACCUAAUGCUAAACUUAUUCUCUUUAAUGGUAGACGCCAGUGUACCUGAUAUAGCGUUAGAACCUGAUAAGGCGGUUAAAAAGGUUCAGGACAAGCUAAUGUUGGAUUUAGGGGAGGAGGAAGCUGUGCAUUAUAUCCAAAACUUAAUUGACUCUUCUGUUUCGGCUGUCAUGCCUGCAAUAGUCGAGCAAUUGCAUAAAAUCACUCAAUACAUGAGAAAAUAG